CUUAGCAAUUUCUUUGCCCCCACUUUGCGCGCUUCUGUGACUAGCAGCCCUAAUGAAAUUCACAGGCACUAUUACAAAUUACCUUUUGUUGGCCCCUUCUUGACUUACGCUCAACACAGCAUUAAGCGCUUAACUCAACGCUAUUGUAAGAACUUAGUCAUCAAGUUAGUGUUUGCCCCAUACAAGAUCAAGAACCUAUUCAGUGCCAAAGAUGCGAUCUCUUUAAAUUUUCUUGCGCAGGCUGUAGCGCCUGUUAUGUCGGUGAGACAAACCGACAUGUUGCUACCUGUGUUCAUGAACAUUUUAUCAGACAAGAAAUCGCACAUCUUUCAGCACAUUCAUGGGUCAGAAACAUGUAGAGAUUUGUGCUCAGAGAAUUGCUUUUCAAUCCUUGACACCGCCUCCACGCCUUUUCAAUUGGAAAUCAAGGAGGCCUUACACAUAGGUUGGGAAAACCCCUCAUUAAACAAGCAAGUUAAUCAUGUUAAUUUAUCACUUUCAUUUUAA